ACAGUGUGUGAUGACUCCUGGGAUAUUAAAGAUGCCCAUGUGGUGUGCAGACAGCUGCAGUGUGGAGUGGCCCUCAGUAACCAGCAGGUACCAGCCUGGUUUGGUCCUGGUUCUGGACCCAUAUGGCUGGAUGAGGUGAACUGUGAGGGGAAUGAGACGUCCCUGUGGAACUGCUCUUCUCAGGUCUGGGGAAAACAUGACUGUAAACACAUGGAGGAUGUAGGAGUCGUGUGCUCAGAGUUCAAAGAAAUCAGAUUAACUGAGGGCUGUGAAGGGAAUGUGGAGGUUUUCUACAAUGGAUCGUGGGGUAAUGUAUGCUACAACCAGAUGGACAGAGACACAGCGAGUCUGAUCUGUCAAGAGCUGAACUGUGGAAAAUCUGCCAGUGAACCCAGUAACUCACAAGGACUAAAGUUAAAUUGGCUGGAUCAAUUUAAAUGUCGUCCACAUGACUCAACUCUGUGGCAGUGUCCAUCUUCAACCUGGGGACAGAAUAACUGUCAUCAUAAUGAGGUGGCUCAUAUAACUUGCUCAGAAAAGGAAAACGAUGAAUCGCCUCGAAGUCAUCUUUCAUGUUCUGCAGCUCCAAACCAGAGACACUGUACAAAGUAUGUUCCUCUGAGACUGAGUGGAAGGAAGGGCCGGUGUUCUGGGAGACUGGAGGUGUAUCAUAACGCUGUGUGGGGUUCAGUCUGUGAUGAUCAGUGGGACAUCAGGGAUGCUCAGGUGGUCUGCAGGCAGCUGGGUUGUGGAGCAGCACUGAGUGCUGAUGGGAAUGCAGCCUUUGGUGCUGGUGAAGGUGUUGUGUGGCUGAACAGAGUCGAGUGCAGAGGGAAUGAGAUUCACCUGUGGGACUGUCCUCUCUCCCUGAAUAACCACACUGACUGCUCACACAAAGAGGACGCUGGACUCACCUGUGCAGAUUUGUCUGUGUCCACUACUCCUGCCCCUACAACAUCAACUUUUCCUCCAUUUUCACAGACAGACGUAACACCAUCUCUGUCCGCACUGAUCACUCGUCCACAAACUCCUCCAGCAUCUUCUCUCUCCAUCCCUCCAGUGGUUGUGAUUGUACUGGGAGCUGUGCUCUUACUGCUCUUACUGCCACUCAUUAUACUGAUUCAGCAGAACAGAGUGAUGAGGAGAGCUCUUUCCAAUAGAAGACACAAGACUCAGACUGAAGCAGUUUAUGAGGAGAUUAAUCACAGACUCAUCACAAAUAAAGAUAAACACAUCACUCAGAGAGGAAGAGUCCUUUCUGAAGAACAGCAUUCUGGGUAUGAGGAUGCUGAUGAGAUUCUUUCAGUAGGAGACUCAUCUGGACACUAUGAUGAUGUCACCACCACUAAAGUCCCAAAAGAAGAGCAACAAGACACACCAGAGACCUACGAUGAUGCAAUCACUGCUGGACUGAGACGUUGUGCCACAGAUGACAUACCAGAAAACUAUGACGAUGUUGUGAUCAUGCGACAGUUCUCCAAUAAUAAAACAGACUAUGAUGAUGUGGGGAAGGUGCCAGGCAAACAUGGAGGAACUGUUUAACUCAGGAACAACACACACAACCUCAAAUCUUUUUAUAGCUUUUGGAAAUGGAUGGAGUUUAAGUCAUUUUAUAUACAAGUUUCAAUUGAAAUCCAGCAAUGUUUUAUAUUACAUUUAAUGAGGUCAAAAUUAUCAGCUGUAUUUAGCUUAUUUUCUUUUGACAGACAGAAAAAUGUCCUGCUUUCAUGGACUUUUGAAAAUGUUGAUUUCUCUUUCCUCUUCACUUUAGUUGAUUAUAGAAUGCAGUUCUAUGCAGUGAAGAUGCUGAAAAUCUUGAGAUGUAUUUUCUAGAAGCCACUUGUACUGUAACAUGGAAUCACAGACAUUUCUGAAUGUUGAUUUUGACAAUUGUUGUGCUUUUGAUGGUGCAGGGGACAUACAACAUAGCACUAUUUCCAUCGUUGCAGUUCCAAAUUUAUGCAUUACACCACCAGGCCUCUGCAAAUAUGGAAAGAGAGGUCAAAAAAAUUACUUAAGAUAUAUAGCGACUUCAACUUUAUCAAACUGUUUUGAAACAUUUCUAUCUUGUGGCCAAAUUUAGAAAUUUGACUAAAAAAUAACAAACUUCAUUGUUUCCUGACAAACAGAUUCAUAAAUCUGUCUGUAAGCUCAGAAUCUGUACUCACCUGAAAUUGUUGUAAUUUGUGUAUUUACUUAAUAGUGUAUUACUGUACAGUGCUCUCGGUUACUGUCGUAACCUCCGUUCCCUGAUAGAGGGAAUGAGACUUUUUAUCGAUGUAGUGAUACUAGGGGUUGAUCUUGAGAGCCCGAGACACCUUCAGAUCUUUUAGAAAAGGCCAAUGAGAAUUGGUGAGUAGAAUUUGCAUGCCACUCCCCCCUACAUACGGGUGUAAAAGGGAGGCUGGAAUGCGGAUUCAUUCAGGUGUUUGCACUGAGGAGCCGAGACAAGGUCCCGGCCAUUACAGCGGUGUAGUUCAGCCCGUGGAAAUAGGGACCCAAUGUCUCGUUCCCUCCAUCAGGGAACGGAGGUUACGACAGUAACUGAGACGUUCCCCUUCUGUCACUCACUCGACGUUGUGUCGAUGUGAGCAUAGGAACAGAUGCACUUUUACUGCACGUAGCCUCCCCAGACGCCCCAAAACCUCAUGUAAUUCUCAACAACCCUGAGGGGGGGAAGGAGACGUAUCUAGUAUGGGCGCGCCAGCCGCGGCCUUUUCUCUCUAAGUUUUUAUCUCUACAGAAAAUUAGAUUCGGCUGGGGCCUUUAAAUACUCAUAAAAUGCGCCGGGGAAGGCAUUCUUUUCCAUUCCUAUUCUUUCAGGAGGAAAAGAGCCUGCAGAGGCCACACCCUGCCCUGAAGGGGAGAGUAAAAAAGUGGCGAAUAUGUCAUAUGGGCCUAAGGCCACACAUGGAAGAGGUGCGGCGGUAGGUCCUGCCCUUCGUAGGGGAGGAGCUCUACAAAUGCAGCGACCGGGGCAGAGAGGGCUAUGCCAAGGGAGCCGCGUGUCUACCGAGAAAGGGAGUUCGUACCACGAAAGAUACAUCACAGGAGGUUACCGGGGUUACCGAGACCUGUGGAGCACUAGUACAGGGCAUGUUAGCACACGUACUGGGUCCGACUAUGAAUUCCUCUGCUGAAUUCGUGAGCCAGAGGGCUAGGAGGAAGGACAUUCAGGGUUCACAGUUCCUGAACACGCAUGGGAGAGAAGAGCGCACGGCUUCACCUCGUGUAGGAGAAAGGCGCUAUACACAAUCGGUAAACCCGGCCAGCUGCCCCGCGUAACGAAACUUACCUGUUCGUACCUGAAAGAACACAGGACGAAACCGGCUCAACCCGGAGAUUGUAAAAUCUCAUGAACGUAUUGGGUGUUGCCCAGCCCGCUGCUCUACAGAUGUCUGCUAGAGAGGUGACAUUAGCCAGUGCCCAUGAGGAUGCCAUACACCUUGUGGAGUGUGCUCGAACCCGCAAGAGCGUCUAAAGCUCUGCGUGCGAUCCAAGUAGAUAUGCAAAGCACGCACUGGACACAGCAACGAUAAGGCUGGGUCUGCCUCCUCCGCGAACUCUAGGCACUCUUCGCUGACAGAGAACUCUUGCAGGUCCCCGACCCUCUUGAUGGAAGUGAGCGUGGUCAGGAGGGCGGUCUUUAAUGAGAUAGCCUUUUACUUGACUGACUCUAGGGGCUCAAACGGGGCUCUCCAUAGGCCUAAAAGGACCAUGGAGAGGUCCCAUGAGGGAAAGAGGCAUGGCCUAGGAGGGUCCAACCUCCUGGCACCUCUCAGGAACCUGAUGAUCAGGUCGAGCUUAUUGAGAGACUUACCUUCAACAGCGUCGUGGUGUGCUGCUAUAGCAGCUACAUAGACCUUGAGAGUGGAGGGGGACAGCCGCCUGUCCAGCUUAUCUUGCAGGAAGGAAAGCACUGACCCGACUCCGCAUCUCUGGGGGUCUUUGCUACAGGAAGAACACCACUUAGCGAAGA